CAUCCAUUUUAAGAGUUUGCUGAACCUUUAGUCACGUGUCCUGAGUUUUGGACAAAUUGCUACCUAACAGACCAAAACCUGAGCCCAUCUUCCUACUUUGAGUCUAAAGACUGUAUUUAUACAUGCAGUCUACAUUGUUAACAGCUAACACAUUGUGAGACCAACUUCUUUAUAAACUUAUCAGCUUGUUUUCUAUUCAGGAAGUAAUGUUGAGGCUGAGGAUAUAUCAGUUUUCAUUCAUUUGUUAAGUGUGAAUGAACUGUUAAUAACUCCAGAAAAGACUCAAAUAAAACAGAUGGUAGUCACUGCAGAAGUAACAAUGGAAAUUUGUAAAUGUGUUAUUCCAUCUGAGUGUGGACACAGUUAAUGCAGUGGGACAAUUAGACAGCUGAUGUGUUGAUAAAUACUGUUGUGAGCGUAUCAUAUCAGUUGUGUCAUCUCAUAUGAGGAACUCCUGGAGAAGAGGACUUGCUGUUUUGCUGAUCUGCUCUCACCAGAGGAUCACGUGGCUGGAGCCGGCCGCCACAGCUAUGGCUGGUGUCUCUGCGCGGCACGGCGCUUCACGAUGGCUGCCCCGCAGCUCGACCCCCACCCUGUCCAGCUCGCGCACACCUCGUCCGCACAGUCGAUGGCCGCUGCAACAACCCUGCCCACCCCACAUGGGGCAGUGCACUACAGCCACUGCGCAGACUUCUGCCACCUGCAUAUGCAGAUGGGCUGGAGAAAAUUCGGCAGUCAGUGAGUGGAGGUCCACUUCCAAGUGCAAGGCUGGUCAGCACUGCAGUCCAUUCAGACAGACAUGUCAACCUCUCAUCUAUUACACACAUGCUUAUGCAGUGGGGACAGUUUCUUGAUCAUGACCUCACAGCUUCUUCACAAACAAGAGGAUUCAAUGGAUCAGUUCCUAAAUGCUGUUCGGAUAGAGGGCACAGUUUUCUGCCUGAAAACCUUACACAUCCAGACUGUCUCCCAGUUGAAGUGCCACCAACAGAUUACUUCUACCAACGCUAUCAUGUGCGUUGUCUGGAAUUUGUGCGCAGCAGUGCUGUCCCUAAGGUAGACUGCUCACUGGGGGCUAGAGAUCAAAUAAAUCAAGUCACAUCAUUCCUUGAUGCUUCUAAUGUCUAUGGAAGUUCUGAAGAUGCUGCAUCAGCACUUAGACUUUAUCGUAAUGGAUUUCUGCGCUACACACGGAUGCAGUCACGUUUACCACUUCCACCACCUGCCACAGGGCACACAUCCCCUGAACUGUGUCGUUACAAUUCUGGUGUUCGCUGCUUCAGUGCAGGAGAUCAUCGUGUUAAUGAGCAGCCAGGACUUAUUGCUAUGCAUACUCUAUGGCUGCGUGCACACAAUAAUCUGGCUACAAAGCUCAUUGGUAUAAAUCCACAUUGGGAUGAUGAGAGGAUUUAUCAAGAAGCACGAAAGAUUAUCGGUUCUAUGAUGCAGCAUAUAACAUAUAGAGAAUUUCUGCCUAUUGUGUUGGGACAAGAUGUGAUCAAACUUUUUGAGCUGAAUCUGACCCAGAAGGGGUACUACAAGGGUUACCAUAUAAAAGUGAACCCAACAGCACUGAAUGCAUUUGCCACAGCAGCUUUUCGUUUUGGUCACAGCCUGGUGCAGCCAAGUCUUCUUCGUUGUGACAGUAGACAUAGAUUAUUGCCUUUCAAUGCAUCACUACAUGAAGAACUUACGGUUCCAACAGAUAUUUAUAACACAGGAUCAGUGGAUCAAUUAUUACUUGGUAUGUGUGUUCAACCUGCUCAGAAGAGGGAUGAAUACAUCACAGAACAACUUACAAAUCAUCUUUUCCAGACACCAUCUUAUCAUUAUGGAAUGGAUCUGGCAGCACUCAACAUACAAAGAGGUCGUGACCAUGGCCUUCCACCAUACAACAGCUGGAGAACUCGUUGUGGAUUACAGUCAUUCUCUGACUGGGACCAGCUUCUCAAAGUCAUGUCUCCUGAAACAGUGGUGAAACUUAGAAAGGUUUACAGUGAUACAGAUGAUAUAGACCUGUUUGCUGGUGGCAUGGCAGAGAAACCAGUUUAUGGUGGUCUAGUGGGACCAACAUUUGCAUGCAUUAUUGCUCAACAGUUCAGUAAUUUGCGUAAAGGUGAUAGAUUUUGGUAUGAGAAUGGAGGAUUUGAUUCAUCACUCACACUGCCACAGCUGCAACAGAUACGGCAUGUAACGUUAGCUCGUGUUCUCUGUGAUAACCUCGAUACAAUUGAUACAGUGCAGCCUUUUGUCUUUCUGGCAGCUGACAAUGAUCGGAACAGACAUGUACCUUGCCAUAGUUGGCAUAUCCCGAAGUUGGAUCUCUCACCAUGGAGGGAGCAUAACAAGAAUGAUAAUUAUGCAGAAGAAGAAUACACUCUUGAACUUCCCAUCCGUCGACCUGAUGACAACUCAUACCUCAAACCUCCCAAGAAUGGCAAUAAUUACUACAGUACAGAUUUGGACAAGUAUAAUUCACCCAAUCAUACAGAGACACAAGGAUACACUCCUGCAAAUCAUUUAAAACCAGGCAGCAUGCAAAGUCCAAAUUAUUCUACCACACAGGAAAAAUAUGGUUCUCCUACAGAUGGAGGAGAGAUCCUAUCAAAUUUUAACAAAAAACCUGAAGAACACUAUCAUCAGCCCAAUAUCAAGCCCAAUGAAGAGCCUUCAUUGCAUACACAAAGCCACAGAAAUCCUAUACAGGUAAUUCCUGUUUAUCACUAUACAACCACACACAGUGCUAAUCCUGAUGACAAAAUUUCAUCAGGUCACAUUCACCCUUCUCAUAUAUCCCUACUGAACACUGUAAACCAUGCUGGAGAUAGUAAUACUGAGAGCAAUGGGUUACCAUUCCCUGGCAAUUUCUAUGUAUCUUCAAAACUUGACGAAGAGCUGUUCACUACUUCUAUGACAUCUCAACAGAAAGAACACGUGUACAAUAAUACAAAACCAUUUAAAUAUUCCGUACUGCAUCACACAAUUUCAGAAGGAACUUCAAAAAUGGUUACUGGAAGCAAUUCAUUUCAAGAAUCCAAUUUAGAAAACUCUCAGUCAAGUCCUCUUAAAUUACACUUAUCUACUACACAGACAGGCCAACGAUACAGUUUUAAAAAUAACAGUUUCUUACCUCUAACAUCAGGUCCUGAAAAGCCAUACAUAGAAGAUUCAUCCCUUCAUACGAAAGGAACUGAUUGUGGCCAAAACAGUGCUGCUGAUAUAGAAACUGAUCACAAAGAGACUAAUAAGAGUGAAGUACAGAACCGCAUUACACAUAAUUUAACUACGCAGAACAUCCCAUUUACAGAAAAAGAGACAGCCACACUAGGAGAAGAUUCUACAAGAACCACACUUUUGAAAUCUAAAGACCCCUUACUCAGCUUAGCAAGAAAGGAAACAGAACUUCCUAGCAGCAGGUUGGGGGAUCUUUGUCCAGAACAUCUGCAGCAGGAAUUUACUGGUGAGAUCCCACUACCAGCCAGUGAUCCACUGUCACUACAGGAGUUCCCUCAACCUUUGCAAGAAAAUUAUGAUAUGGUAGAGGAGGAGUCAAGUGCACAUGGAUCCUGAAAACAGUGCAUUUUCCUAAUUUUUACUAUCAUCAUGAAGUGAAAUUCACCACAACAUAUCUGUACAUAUCACUUGACUGAUCUCACAUUUUCAGAAAAAUAAACUGGAUCUUUGCAGAUAGAUGGAUAGUACAGUAUGUGUCAAGGCUGUGAAAUUUUUUAAUUUAUAUCAAUAUUUGUCCACCACAAUUGUAAUAUUUCAUAUUGUCAGCUGUUUCAACACACAGCAAUCAUAAUUGAGACAAUCAGCCAUAUUAAACGCAUAACUUACAUUGAAAAAAACUGAGGCACUGAGUAAUCAUACAUUGUUCAAUAUAUGCAAAAAAAAUUGCAAGCUACUAUUGCAAUGGAUCAAAGCAAAAACAAAUAUUAUUACAGAACUGGUAUCCAUUAUUAACUGCAUAAUCUGUGGCUUAAAAGACCUUCAUAUGACAGACACAAAAUAUUCAGUAAUGACAGAAAAGUUUGUAAUCUAUCAUGACUGACACUGGAAUUAUACUAGACAUCUUGAUACACUGUCUUCUCUGUACCUACUGUUUGCAGAAACAAGAGCAGGGGAAAAUAAUCUUAUAAUAUCAGAAAAGGGAUUUGAUGACCUUGAUGUUUCAGUCAGUGUUAAAAGAAAGCAAACCUGAAGAACGCAAAUAAAGAAGAGAGUCAGUACAUAGACAGAUUAAAAUAGCAGACUGGAAUGUAUGUACGUAAAAAAAAGUCAAAUGAAGUUUUUACUGUUGUACUGUUCAGUCCAAAGAGGGAUUGAUGCUAUGCUGUCCAAGCCUUUUCAUUUCCGUUUAACUACUGCAACCAAUAUCCUUCCGAAUUUGCUUGUUGUAUUAAUCUCUUGGUCUCUUUCUACAAGUUUUGGCUCCCACACAUUCCUCCAGUACUAAAUUGGUGAUCCCUUGAUGCCUCAGGAUGUGUCCUACCAACCAGUCACUCUUUUAGUCAUGCUGUGAUACAAAUUUCUUUUCUUCCCAAUUCUGUUCAGUACUUCCUCAUUAUUUACAUGAUGUACCCAUCUUUUUGUAGCACCACAUUUCAAAAGCUUCUAUUCUCUUCCUGACUGAACUGUUUGUCACUCUAGUUUCACUUCCAUACAAGUCUACACUCUAGACAAAUACUUCCAGAAAAGACUUCCUAACACUUAAAUCUCCAUUCAGUAUCAACAAAUUUCCCUUAAUUUUAUAUACACUCUACUUCAACCAUCAUCAGUUAUUCUGCUGCCCAAAUAACAAAACUCAUCUACUACUUUAAGUGUCUCAUUUCCUAAUCUAGUUCCCUCAGAUU